AUGCUCCAAAAAUCGCUCAAAAGUCCUCGAAAACACGUUCCGAGCGUUUGCGGGCGCGCGGCGGCCGAUCGAAAGUGGCUUGCGGCGCGCUGCGGUGCGCGUCGCUUCGGCUGGUGUCGCGCGUGGCUCCAGGCAUCAAGAGGGCCUUCCUUGCUUUACUGGCGGGCUCGCUACUUCGUUGUCAGACUUCCGUUUUCCUGA